AUGAAGGCAAUUUUGUGUUUGUAUUUUCUGUUUGUCGCGGUCGCAUGUCGUCGGGACAGGGGAAAAAUCUUCGACGUCCGAACCUAUGGUGCCAAAGGCGACAGCAAAACUGAUAAUGCUGAUGCUUUCAUGAAAGCGUGGAGAGAUGCAUGCGCACAAAAUGGAAAAAGCACAAUAUACAUAUCGAAAAAAACGUUCUAUAUGAGUGAUGUUACAUUUAAGGGACCAUGCAAAGGUAAAAUUGUGUUCUUCGUCACUGGAACCUUACUUGCUCCUGCGGAUGCCAAAAAAAUCAAACAAGACGCUUGGGUCCAUUUCCAGUACGUCGACAAUCUCGUAGUCUCCGGCGGUGGAACUAUCGACGGCCAAGGAAGUAACUCUUGGUCCUCCAAUUCCAAUAUCCGCGCAAUGAAUAGUAAAUUACUACCUGCGAACAUGAAAUUCGAUUACGUGAGAAACUCAACAAUCAGAGGACUAAAAUCACUCAACAGCAAAGGGGAACACUUAAGCUUUUUCGCCGUCGAUCACUUCAACAUCAUCCGCGUCAAUAUAACGGCUCCCGGAAACAGCCCCAACACCGACGGAAUCAAGAUCGGUUUUUCCAGCAACAUGAAGAUUUGGGACAGUCACAUCGGUACAGGAGACGAUUGUAUUGCGAUCCUCGCCGGUAACACUAAUUUCGAUAUCCAUGGCAUCACUUGUGGUCCCGGACAUGGAAUCAGUGUCGGAAGCUUGGGAAAGUUCAAACAAGAGAAGAGCAUCCAUAGUUUUGUGGUUAGGGACACGGUUUUUACCGGAACAACCGACGGUAUAAGGUUCAAGACAUGGGAUUCGUCGGUUGCGGACCUCACCGUUUCGGAUUUCUGGUACGAGAAUAUCCAGAUGGUUGAUGUCAAACAUCCUAUCAACAUCGAGCAGAACUAUUGUCCCCGUCCGCCCUGCGCCAAAUUGGGGGGCUCUCACGUUCAGAUCAGAAACGUGACGUUUAAGAACAUUUGGGGAACGUCGGGAACCAAAGAGGCUGUGAAUUUUCAGUGUAGCAAAAGCUUUCCUUGCAAAGGUAUUCAUCUAAUUGACAUAAAUUUAACAAACCGUGGCCCUGGAGGUCCAGCCAUCGACUUGUGUGAGAACGUUCAAGGUUCUGCUCGUGGCAAGAUGGUUCCUCCGAGCUGCCUGAAGUGA